UGGAAAAGAUGGGGUUGUUAAGGUCCCAUUAACAACCAAGGAAAUGAAAGAAAUUAGAUUACUUCAGUUGCUGAAUAUAUGGAGUACCCUGGGAUAUAAAUGGACAUAUUAACACAUAAGUCUGCAUUAUAAUGCACAAAAUAUAGAGUUGCAUUUCCUUUGUGGCAGUGGGGAAGCAAUGCAGAUUUUAAGUGUAUAAUCUAGAUGAUUUUUUAGUGUUUUAGAUGUCAGCCCCCAUCCUGGAGUGCACAUGUAAACAGAGACAUUGGUUAGUGUGAAACUGUUUGGAGGAGUGACGUCUCAAAAAGAACUGAGCUGAGAAAAACAUCAGACAAAAUUGUGUUAUUUUCUAAAAAAACAUUACAUCUUGUAAGUAAAGUGACUCAGAAUAUCAAUUCUCCUGAUGUGCUAAAAAAAUCUCCAGGAAAUAUGGGACACUAAUUUUACUCCUUCUUUGAAACAGAUACCAAUAACCAGAAUACCACCCCAUACAUCCAUGCCAGCACAGCAUUUUCUAGACAUGGAAAAACUCCUCUUUUACUGACACCUUUCAAAAGUGAAGAUUAUUCUGGAUGUUAUCACCAUUAGGCUGUUAGUCAGUAAUACUUACUAUGGCAGUUUGUUUGAAAAAUAACUGUCCUAAUUUGCCAGGUAUUUUCUAGAAGAUUCAGAUCUAAAAAAAAAACUAAAAUUUGCUACCAUUUAUAGCCAUUCAGAAUUCAUUGAGACAUCAGCAGGUCAUACGUAAAUCUGCUUGGGAAAAAAAAAAGCAUAUGUACAUUUUAUUAAUCUUGAUCUGUUAAGCACUUCAAACAAUGUGAAAUGAGACACAUAUCAGCAUUCUGUUUGUUUCCUUAGAGGAGAUCUGGUCAGAGGUUCCCUAUAAUACAAAAUACUAGUUUAAAUCUAACAAUGAACCAGUAACACCAGCAAAUUGUUUCUGGAGUUAUACAAUCAAAUUGUAACAUAAGAACUAGAUAAAUUAGCCUCUCUGAAAUAAGUAUUCAUUUAUAAUUGAUUAUAAAAACAAUAAAAAUAAUAAAUUGAUAUUAAAUUGCAUUUUAUAUAGAUUUCCCAAGGAAGAUAGGAACAAUUGAAUGUGCCUGUGUAAAUAUUUGUCUGCUCAGCUACACAGCUGAAUGGAGAAAGAUUAGUCUGGAUGGUUUAUCUCAUAGGUAUAGUGAAUGAGUCCUUAGCUGUUUGCAGCAUUGGACCCAAGGCACACAUUAUUGAUUGUAAAUAUACAUGUGGGUUUCAUACGGUGUUUUACUUGCAACUGCAGAUUCCACUGAAGUAACAAGAAUUUUUGAAUGCUUACCUGUGAACUGUAUAUAAGACUAACUAUAUCUCUGAAGAUGACACAAACUUAACUGGUUGACCAAAAUAUAUAAUUUACAUAAAUUUCAAACACUCACCGAAUAAAAGAACCAUGUUUUGGUUUUGAUAAUAUAAGGAUAGAAAGAAUAGAAGUGCCUGAUCUUAGCUGGUUCAAAAUGCAGUUUUACUGGGCUGCAGAGGCAUUAGGUUAUGGUAGUAUUCAUAAUUUUUUUUAUUUUUUUUUCCAUAAUUGACAAUAAUUCCAUAUUGUUGUCUGUAUACCUCAAACACACACUGUAGUAAAGGGAUAAAAUGUAUUUUGAACUAUAUAAUCCCACUAAUCCUGCCCAACACCUAGUCUCACUGGUUGAGAGGGAAUAUUAGGAAUGGGAAAGCAUUGCCCUUGUCUGGCAGAAUUGUGAUAUUCCAGUGGACACAGUGGGAAGGGUUUGGAGGAAAUGGCAGUACUGAGGCUGUCCCAAUUGCAUUCCUUCAGAGUAACCACAAGAUGGUGCCUUCUAUUUUCUCAGAGGGAAAUUUAAUUGUUACUUUUUAAUAGAAUUUAUGUCACAAUGCUCACUUUUUUUUUUUUUUUUUUUUUUUAAUUGCAGCCUUUUAAAAAAAUGCUGAAGGCUUGUACUCUUUGCUAUUGUUUAUAAUACGAACAUCUAAUUAUGUCAACUGCUUAGAAACAUGUUAUUAAGUAGAGCUUUUUUAUCCAGCCAGUCUUGACUAUAAAUGCUCUGCCAUUUGCAUUUUAUAAUUGCUUUUGCUGGUGAAUGACCUGCUCCCUGAUUUUAACAGGCACUCUGAGGGCAGUGAAUAAGCACAUUAGAAACAGAAGCCAUCUAAAACAAUUACUAUAUCCUUUUUGUUGCUGUUUUUCAACGUGUCAUGGAUUUAUGUACAUUUUAUACAUUUAUUUUUGUACUGAUCAUAUUAUUAUCAUAAAGGCCAGGGAAAACAUUGGCAUGUGGACCAUUAAUAUUUAGCAUAAUAUAUUAGUUGAUGGGUCUCAAUUUGAGAAUUUCUUGACCUUUCCUUCAUUUUCAUUAAAAAAAAAAAAAAAGAAAAAAAAAGAAAAAAAAGUUCUCUGAGAUUUAUGAGAUUAUCUGUAUUUUGACACCACCUUCACACACAAUGGUCAGGUAGCUACUACUAUAACUGUAAGCCAUUUGGUAGAAAGUACUUGUUCACUACUGAAAACUUUAGGAUAAAGUUCACAGCAUUACCGAAGACAGUGACAAGUAUAUACAUAGAACAUUACAUUUGUUACCCUUGCAAGUGGUUGCACCUAUCCUGGACAUGGUUUCUUUAAAAAAAGGUAACAUAGGCUUGAAAAGUAAUCUUGAAAUUUGUUUUUAUUGGCAUAAUGGACCCACACCUUUGCAAGAGGUUGAGAUGAAGAAGCUGUUGUGCUGUAACCACUUACAGUUGAUUCUGUGUCCUUAUUGUUCUUUUCUCAAAUGCAAUUUAACUGUUCUUGAUUUGUUUAAAUGAAGUUAGUGUAAAUGCUAACAUGGGCUUUAUAUGUCAAGCUCUUUAUCUAUUGUCUGCAUCAGGAUAAAUUUAAUUCAUUAUGACUUAGAAUGGCUCCUCUUAGAAUUGAUAUGAGCAAAGUGCAUACAUGUAUCUUGUCUUAACCAGAAUGGUCUUUCAGAAAGAAGUUAAUCCAUAUUGGAAUAUUGUGAAUGUUUCUUUGUCAACAGGAUAGUGGAAAGUCAGUAUUUCAAUUUCUAAGUUAUUGUCCUAACAAAAAUGUAAAACAACAUAUUACAAUAAUUUUAUAUGAAAAAACAAAAGAUUUUUAGGAUCCCUUCUUACCUAAAUAGAUUUUAAGAUCUCUUCUUAUUUUACCACAUAUUUUUAUUAUUAUUUUAAUAAUUUAGUUUUCAUUAAAGUCCUUCAUAAAAACUGUAGUGUUACUGGAGUUCAGAGAAUAUUCCUAAUAGUUUAAUAUCAAAAGCUUUUGAUAUUUGGGACAGUAGUUUAUAAUAGUUUUGGGGCAACCCCAGAGUAAAUUCCAGCACAGAGAAUUUUUUUCCCCUUUCAGAGAAGGAAGUUCAUUUUAAAGUUGAAAAAUGUGUUACUCAGGUUACAAUAAUAAAUAAAUAAAGAUAUUAAAAAAUAAAUAAAAAUAUGUGGGAAUUAAUGGUAAAUCAAAGUAAAAGCUUUGGGAUUUAUAUCCCAAGUAACUUAUACAACAUAGAGUCAGUGAUGUCAUCUGUAUUACCAUGUCAUAUUUUGUAAUGGAGUAACCUCAGAAUUUUUAAUGUUGGCUGGGAGAAACAGCAGUAGCUGUGACAAUUCAUAGGAGGAUUUUUUUUUUUUUCAACUUUAUGCAUAGAUAUGCACAUAUGCAGUUAGAAAAUUGGGAACUUCUAUCAUCCUGUGCUCAUCCUAGUGCUCAUUCCACUGAGCACUAUAUGUGGAUGUAUAGGCUUGUAUUGUUUGUGUGUGUGUGUGUUUGUUCAGAUUACUUGAGGAUGAGAUAUUAACUAUAAAUAAAUGCCCUCAUGGGAAACCACCUAGGUAUGAUCUUCUAAUGGCAAGAACUGUUAAAAACAAAACAAAACAAAACAAAACAAAAAAACAACACACACAGAAAAAUGUCUUCUAUAGAAAAGGGUAGGAAAAAGAAAUUGAAAAAAGGUCAAUUCACUAUGUCAUUUUAAAAAUCGUUUGCAAACAAUAAAACAUUAAAAACGAGUUUUCUAUUUUGAUUUUUGAUUGUAGCUCAACAAAUAUCUAUUUGAUAGUGGACCUUGCUACAGAGGUAUUUUGAAUUUCUUAAGUGGGAUCAUUCAGGAAACCAAGAACCAAAGACUGGAAAUGUACACAGAAAUGCCCACUGCAAAAGCAGUGGCAAUGUGAUUUCAAGAGGCUCACUAUCACUCCAAGGAUGUUCACCUGAAACUACAGGUUUCAGUUAUAGGAUAUUUUAUGUUUGGCACAGAGAAUUUGAAGUUGUAUAAAUAUUGUUGAGAAACUUGAUGUGUCAUUUAUUUUAUAGCAACUACUCUUCACUUCCACUCUUCAGUAGAAAGAAGAAACAUUCAAAGUAUGUAAUUAUUGGCUCCCCUGAUUUUUUUUUUAUUUUAUUUUUUAAUUCUCAAGGAAAAAAAAAGUCAUUAUAAAACAUUUAUGUAUAAUUUUUCUGUGUUCCCCUAAACAUUACAUUAGUGUGUCACACCUACAAAUAUUUUAGUAUAUAAAUAUUAGUAUUUGCAUUUUGAAUCAAUCAGCUAUAUUAUAGCUAAAUGUAGUAUAAACAUUUAACAGUAAUAUCAAGAUAUUUCACACCUACAUUUGAAUCAGCAAGCUUAAAUGAAAGUUUAGUUCAUUAGAAUUAGGUUACUUUCACUUCAGCAUAAGCCAGCAAAGCAACAACAAGCACUUCCAUUUAUUCUAGACUGCCAAAUGAAACCAUGUAAUUAAAAAGAAACUGAUGCUAACCAUUUUGAUAUUAUGUAGUGCAAUGUGAUGAUAAUCAUGUUUCUAAAACUGUAGAAACCAUUGGCAUUAAAUUAAUACUAAUAGUCUCUCUCUGUUCAACAUGAUUUGAGGCCAUGCCAGAUUUUGUGUUAAGUUUAUACUAUCACACUGAACUAUAAAAAUAGAAUGUAUUUUUAUAGUGAAUAAUGUACCGUGGAUUUAAGCUCGGGCAACAUUAAAAAAAAAAAGGUGGUUAGAUACAGACAUACUUGGCCAAAUUGUAUGGAUUUUCUAAAAUGGCUCUGUGAGAUGGGCUGUUUAUUUUCAAAUUAAACUAUAUUGUGAUACAUAAAACAUUUUAAUCCAGAUAGAUUUAUACUCCAAAAGACCGAUCACAUAUCAUUAUCACUUCCUUUCACCGUGCCUGAAGAUCAACAAACCUGACCCUCCUUAGACAAACAGGAAAUGACUUUACACUGAGGGUCAAAAAUGAUUGAAUAGGUGAACAAACUUUCACAGCCAGUGGGUGAUCUCAUGUGGCUGAUUUCAGUGUAAUCAGGAUCAUCUCUGCUGAAAGUCAAAAAAGUAUCCUACACAGCUGUGAUCACAAGAUAUGGAACUUUUAAGAUGUUACAUUGGAUAUCAUUCUAAAUCAGAUAGGCACUACUGUAUAUGCCAUUUUCUCGGUGCCAUUUAUAUGUCUGAAGUGGUAUGAAUUGGUAUCAGCAGUUACUGAACAUCUGGUAGUCAUUUGUAGCCGUUGUUCCAGGGAAGUUCUAGGGACUGCACCACUCCAUUCUGGAAGAGGACCUGGACUGAUGUGGCAAGCUUUACACCUGCAGAAAUUAUUGCCACUGAUCUAAACCCAGAUGUCAAACUGUACUUGCCACUGAUCCAGUUUGGAAACACAGACCCAAAUUCAUGAACCUGGAGAGAGGCUUAUAAGCCUCUCUCACAAGAGGUGGAACUGAGUAGUAAGGGUAGAUGAUAACUUCUGAAUGUUUCCCUUUACUUGUGCAACAUAGCACCUAUCUCCGUGGGAGUAAACUUGCAUCAUACCCCUAUUGCAGCCAGGUUCUGGAAGCACAAAAUGACUGCACCAUCCUGGUCUGACAAGAGAAUAGGACUGUGAAUCAUCUGAAUGCUGAUGACACCACAGCCCAAAUUAUUUCAUUAUCUCCCCAGUGGCCUCAUAUACAUGUUAAAAGGAGAGAUGACAGGAUGAAACCUUGUGGAAUCCCGCAUGAGAGAGAGCCCUCGGGGCUGAUGAGCAAUUACCCUAUGCCAUCCUCUGGGAUUUCUCUGAGAGGAAAAAGUGGAACCACACAAGUGCAAUCCCAUCUGCCCCAGCCUAGGUCCACAGGUGAGUCAGAAAAGCAUCAUGAUCAGCACAAUGGUCAGAAAGGCUGCUGGCAGAAGCUAAAUGAAGCCACCUUUGAAAAAGCUUUCUUCAGUGAUAUGAGUACCCUAUCAGCUUCAGGAGCUAGUGUAGCUGCUAGGCUGCACUUAGGCUGGAAACCAAGUUGAAUGGUUUCAGAAGACUUUAAAUGGAGUCAGAGUUUCUUUACAAGAAGUCUAUCUAAUUCGCCAGAGUAUGUUAUUUUGUCAAGGAAUAUAUUUUAGAAUUGUAGAGUUACUGAAUUUGGAUUUUGGACAUGAAUUGAUAACUUAUUAAGUAGGAAAUUAGGUAAUUUAAGGCAAUCUGGAAUUUUUUGUCCCAGAGAGAUAUUAACAGUCUGUGCUGGAAGAGUUUUUUUUUUUUUUUUUUUUUUUUGUUUUGUUUUGUUUUGUUUUGUUUUGUUUUUUUGUGGUAGCGUGGAUUGGUGUUUAUUGAUUGGUUGGUUGGUUUGGACCACCAGUGAGCUGGACCAAACUUAUAUAGUAUAUCACUUAUAAUGUAUGUCACAUAUAACGUAUAUCAUGUAUAAUGUAUAUCACUGAAGUUCAACUCACAACUCUAAAACUCAGAAGAUUAUUUCAGGUUGUAGAGCUGUUAUUUUGUUGCAGAAAGUGCUGGUACCAUCAGUCUUGUUGAUUCUCUCCAUAAGAUAGCUAGAAAAGUCCUUGAAACAAUCAUUGUUCAAGUCAGUUCCAGUGUGAAGCACAUCAUGCUUCACCAGCUGCCUGGAACAAUUCUAAUGUUCUCAACAUCUUAGAAAUUAUGGUUAACUUACUUUAUGGAAUUAUAUUUUUAAUUAUAUUUUUUAUUUUGCUAGAUUUUGAUGUCUGUGCUGAUGACAGGUGAUAAAAUCUUCCAUAUAUUUUGUCCUGAAACUAACUUAAAACGGCUCCCAGUUCUCCUCCUACCAAAAAAACACCAAUUGCUAAAAUGGAAAUUGACAACAUAUUGGUGAUAUUUUCAGCUAAUUGAUGUGAAAUUAGUUUUCAAUGUACCUGUAUAUUACACUUGCUAUGAUUUGAAAAUAUACUACAUCAGAAAUGUGUGGAAAAAUAUUUUUAAUAUAACCAUAUUAUGUAUAUAUAGAUAUUAUACAUAUAUGUGUGUGUGUAUGUGCAUAUGAUUUUCAUUAUAAAACUAGGUAUACAAGUAAGUGAACUAGAAAUCUAAUCUUUACAAUUAUGCUUUAUUUUAAAAAGUGAUGGUUCAGCUACAGUUGAAAUAUGGUCUAUCUUUCUCCAAGUUUAUUUUAAUUCUAUUAGUUGCUCAUCUCUUUGUGAUUCUAUGUAAAAAUUCUUAACAUUUGUUGUUCUGUCUAGGGCUUUAAGAUUGACAAUUUUUUCAUAUACACAUUCAGAAUCCCUGGCAUAUGGAAGGAGAAACAGAUUAGAAGGGAGGGUCAGGGCAGAGCUAUGCACUCAGUUUCAGUUAACUUCAGGAAGAUGAAAAGUGUUUUGAUUGAUAUGUCCUACUAAGUGCUAGAACACUGACCCAUAACAUAACAAGAAUAUGCAGGAUUAGGGCUGCUACUCCUUUAAGAAAAUUUAACAAGGCUUCAAAUAAUAUGUGACGUGCAAGACUGGAAGUAAUGAAUUUCUGAGUAAAUCUAGUUUUGUACAGAAUAUUGACAGCCAACUUUAUAUUAAAUCCAUUAAAGAGGAAAAAAAUAAUCUAUAAAAGAGCAUACAUUUGGAGACUUGUAUAUUUAAAACAAACAAUGUUAUUCACUUAACUCAGAAUGGUAAGAGCGAUGCAGGUUUGCCAUUCCUAUCUUCUUGUUUUGCUUUGUAGGACAUUAAAAGUAAAAUUUAUGAUGGUAGUAUCAUAA